GACAGGCAUUUCACGUGCAGCAAAAUAAUAGGAAGGAGGUUCGCUUGCUUUGCGCAGAGGCUGAGCCACAGGAGAAAGCAAAGCCAAUGUGAUUUAUUGAAUGAAAGCACUGGACAAUUACCAACAACUUGUUCCUCUGCUGCCUCGAACAACCUAAACUGGAACUCUCGUGUGAAAAUGACCCAACAAAUGCAGAAUUUACAUCUUUCCCAGUCAAAGAAGCACAGUGCCCCAUCAUCCCCCAAUGCUGCCAAACGCUUGUACCGGAAUCUCUCCGAGAAACUGAAAGGGAGCCACUCCUCGUUUGAUGAGGCCUAUUUUAGAACAAGAACUGAUCGACUGAGUCUUAGAAAGACCUCGGUGAAUUUCCAGGGCAAUGAAGCCAUGUUUGAGGCAGUUGAGCAGCAGGACAUGGAUGCUGUGCAGCUCCUCCUGUACCAGUACACACCAGAUGAGCUAGACCUCAACACACCUAACAGCGAAGGGCUGACACCCCUGGAUAUUGCCAUCAUGACCAACAACGUGCCCAUUGCUAGGAUUCUUCUGAGGACAGGGGCCAGAGAAAGUCCACACUUUGUCAGCCUGGAAAGCCGAGCCCUGCACCUCAACACGCUGGUCCAGGAGGCCCAGGACAGGGUGAGUGAACUGUCUGCUCAGGUGGAGAAUGAAGGAUUCACUCUGGACAACACAGAGAAAGAGAAACAGCUGAAAGCCUGGGAGUGGCGGUACCGGCUCUACAGGCGCAUGAAAACAGGCUUCGAACAUGCCAGAGCCCCCGAGGUGCCAGCCAAUGCCUGCCUCACAGUAACUAGCAGCACAUCACUCACUGUCAGCUUCCAAGAGCCGCUCAGUGCCAACGCAGCUGUAGUGACCAGGUAUAAAGUGGAAUGGAGUAUGUCUAAAGACUUUUCUCCCUUGGCUGGAGAAAUCAUCAUGGAUAACCUACAGACCCUGAGAUGCACAAUCACAGGACUUAAGCCGGGCCAACAAUAUUUUGUUCGGGUCUCGGCUUAUAACAUGAAAGGAUGGGGACCAGCUCAGACCACGACCCCGGCAUGUGCCUCUCCUUCUAACUGGAAAGACUAUGACGACAGAGAGCCCAGACACAAGGGACAGAUCGAAGUUUUGGAGAGUCUGCUGCAGCAGGUCCGAGCCCUUCAUCAGCAUCACAGUUGCCGGGAAAGUUCAAAAUUACAGACCACAGGCCGCAAGCAGUCAGUGUCAAGGAGCCUGAAACACCUUUUCCAUUCCUCCAAUAAGUUUGUGAAGACCUUGAAACGGGGACUCUACAUAGCUGUUAUAUUUUAUUACAAAGACAACAUGUUAGUCACCAAUGAAGAUCAAAUACCGAUUGUUGAAAUAGAUGACUCUCACACCAGUUCUAUUACACAAGAUUUUCUGUGGUUCACAAAGCUGUCUUGUAUGUGGGAAGACAUAAGGUGGCUGAGGCAAAGCGUACCUAUCUCCAUGUCUUCAUCCACAGUGCUGCAAACUCGACAGAAGAUGCUCGCUGCAACUGCCCAGCUACAGAAUUUACUUGGAACGCACAACUUGGGAAGAGUUUACUAUGAGCCCAUUAAAGACCGGCAUGGAAACAUACUCAUAGUCACCAUCAGGGAGGUGGAGAUGCUUUACUCCUUUUUUAAUGGCAAAUGGAUGCAGAUCUCAAAGCUUCAAAGUCAGAGGAAGUCUCUAUCAACACCCGAAGAACCAACAGCCUUAGACAUUUUACUGAUAACUAUCCAGGAUAUCCUCUCCUAUCACAAAAGGAGUCAUCAGCGUCUCUCUCCUGGAUUAUAUCUAGGUUACCUAAAGCUAUGUAGCUCUGUGGAUCAGAUCAAAGUGCUUGUAACUCAAAAGUUACCCAACAUCCUCUGCCAUGUGAAGAUUCGUGAAAACAAUAAUGUUUCCAAAGAGGAGUGGGAAUGGAUCCAAAAGCUUUCUGGCUCUGAAUCUAUGGAAAGUGUGGAUCAUACUUCUGACUGCCCCAUGCAAUUGUUCUUCUACGAGCUCCAGAUGGCAGUGAAAGCUCUCCUUAAGCAGAUCAAUAUACCUCUACACCAGGCAAGGAACUUCCGCCUCUACACACAGGAGGUGUUGGAAAUGGGUCACAAUGUGUCCUUUCUUCUCCUGCUCCCUGCUUCAGACGACGUCUGUACAGCCCCAGGACAGAAUAAUCCUUACACCCCACACUCAGGGUUUCUUAACCUCCCUCUUCAGAUGUUUGAACUUGUUCAUUUUUGCAGCUAUAGAGAGAAAUUUAUUAGUCUGUAUUGCCGCCUUUCUGCUGUUGUGGAGCUGGAUUCUCUGAAUACCCAACAGUCCCUAAGGGAAGCCAUCUCAGACAGUGAGAUUGCAGCUGCCAAACAAAGACACCAGCAAGUUUUAGAUUUCAUCCAGCAAACAGAUGAAAUUUGGCGUGAAAUGAGAUGGAUCAUGGAUGCUCUGCAGUAUGCACGAUACAAACAACCAGUUUCUGGCUUUCCUAUCACUAAGCUGAUAGACUCCUCAGAUGAGCAGGACCUAAAGAAGAUCAAUUCUACAUCAUCACAUAUAGACUGUCUUCCAUCACCAUCUCUAUCCCCAGAGAUGCACAGAAGAAAGGCAAUGAGUGAGUCCCAGCCCUGCUCUGAUGAAGAAGGCUGCUCGGAAGUCUUCCUCCCCACGGACAGCGACUACGACUCCAGCGAUGCCCUGAGCCCCAGAGACCUGGACCUGGUCUACCUUUCGUCCCAUGACAUCGCCCAGCAGGCCCUCAGCGGCCUCAGCGGCAGCGCCCCCGACGUCCUACAGGUGCACGACAUGAAGACGCCGGCGGGGCCCGGCCAGGACCCCCAGAGCAGGGCGCAAAGCCUCGACCCCGACCACUCGUGCGUCGAGUUCCUCCACGGCCUGUCACUCACCGGCCUCGCGCCCAAGAACCACGCCAAGAUGGCCCCGGGCGCGCGGCCGCCGCUGGGCUUCCUGGGAAAGCGGAAGUCAGGCAAGCACCAGCACUAUGGCGGCUUCAGCCGCCACCGCCGCUGGCUGCGCAUGCACAGCGAGACGCAGUCGCUGUCGCUCUCGGAGGGCGUCUACACGCCCCACCUGUCCCGAGCCUGUGGCCUGGCCCAGGAGCCUGGGGAGGCCGAGAGGCCUGGACCUGCCCUCGACGGGCCCCGGGGCCUGACCUUGGCCCAUGCCGCCAGCCUGCCCGAGGAGCGCAAGGGCUGCCUCCAGGACCCGAGGCCUUCGGCCAGCAGCAUCUACGUGGAGCCCUACCCCGGCGCCCUGGUGCGCCCGGACGCCAAGCCCUGGGCUGGCUUGAGCCCGCCCCCUGGGGGCCGCGUCCGCCUGUCCAGCCCCACCCGCCCGGAGAUGAGUCCCAAGGGCCCCACCUCGCCAGUGUCAGAAAUCCUCAGCAGCAUGCUUUAGGGAGCCCCGCACUGGCUGUCCACCACCCGACCGCUAGUCCCUGCCUUGUCCCUCACCCUGGCCGCCCCUGUGUCCCCAUUUUCCAACGUUUUGAAUGCUACAAAUCCAAAGGUUACAGGUUCAAGGACCUCUUUUUUAGAGGAGAGUAGAAGCUGAGACCAGAGUUGCCAGCGCUAUUCCCGGUUCAACCUAGAAAGGGCGUGGAGAAGCUUUUAUGUCAACAUGGAGUCUGAGACACAGUGAUUCAAACAUGCCACCCCGUUAGUGGCAUCUGUGGCUGAGGUAGGCCAGCCCGAAGACACACCCUCAGUUUUGCAGCUGGCUCUGUAACCUGACCCCCUGGGUUUAGGACUCUUUCAUGAAUCUGUGAUUAAUGAGGAGUUCUAAGUUGGAAAUAAGAUUGGCAUAGUUUUUCCCUCCAAUCCAAACCUUUAGAAUGGUUUAGGCAAAAGAGGCCUGGGUUGUGUCUUUGGAGCAUGGUAUCAAGUGGACUUUAGCUGAGUUCCCUGUCAGUUAAACCAGGCCAAGCCAAAGUGCAGGGUUCUCAGAACUCACCAAAUCCAGUUUAUCAUCAGCAUUUAUCUGAUUAAGUAGGCCUUGGCAGACCUCUUUGUCCUUUAGUGCUAUGUGCAGACCACCAGAAACUAAAGUAGAGGACACUUCCAACUCUAUCUUUCAAAGAUAGAAUAGGAUAGGAGGCAGUCCUUCCUGCACACUCAGUUCCCAUUCUGACCUGAAAAUGAGCCAUAAAUUGUUCCAGGGUGUAAGGAGAUGGCUAAGUUAAGUGAAAGUCUGAAUUGUAGACAAGAACCGGGGAAGGAGAGAAACAUGAGCAAAAAUGUAUUUCCUUUACAGUUCUAAGCAAAAUAAGUCCAUAAGGGUCAUGUCUCUCAAAAUUGCUGUGGAUUUGCUCAGGAUUCUGAAGUGGUAAAGUCAUCUUCAAACAAAGAAGUUCCCUGCAGAUGAGGCCAGGCAGUGAUGGGCUCCUCACUGCCCCUUGAGCAUACCUCUGACUGUCCAGGACUGGAAUUGGCUGCCUUCCUCUUUCAGAUCCACUCAAUAUCAAUUUUGCCCCAAGAUCAUCUGGUCCAAUGACCACAGGGAAAAUCUUCUUCAGAAGCCCCUGCCAGUAGUUUAUUCCAAGAAUAAGCUCAAAAACACCUGGAAAUCCUACUCAGGUGCCUCCUACCUGAAUUUCUCACAAAUGAGCAACCCAAAUCAGAGAAAUCCCACUGAAUAUUCAGAAAGGGCAUGAGUCUUUCAUCUCUUGGAACUGCGACCCCUUCAGUUCACUGGCAUUCUAAAUGAUUCUUUUCUGCUUCACAGGCAUUUUGGUUAAAUAUUGCUCUUUAUGGUCCCAUCCCUGUCCUCACAGUCCUACCAUUUCUGCUCAUGGGAAUUCAUACAAAGUCCCCUGUUCACAAUGUUAUUUUGAUCCCUUCCAUUUUUAAAACAUUUAAUUUAAACAUAAAUAAUUACCCUGUUGGAAAGUCACAUAUUUGGCCCAUGGCCUAUGGUCAUUAGAAAACUAAAGCCCAGAGCUCAGUCUCUAUUUUUUAAGAGAACUUACACUCAAUGAACACCCCCCCCAAAAAAAAAAAAAAAAAAAAAAAAAACCCUGAUCAGAAUCACUAUAGUUCAUUUUCCAGGCCUGGGAGGAUUUUUAAAUAUAGUUUUCUUCUAUGUGAAUGAUAUGUGUACAAAAGGAGUAAGUUAAAACCAGAAGGGUCAUCAAAUUGGUUCAACUCAUUGGGUUUACAGAUAGAAGCAAUUAAAGUCCAAAAAGUUUAAGUGAUUUGCUUAAGGUCUCAGAGCUGGUAGAGUUAACAUCAGAAACAAGAACCACAUCCUUUAUAGCAGGCCAUCCCAUUGGGAAUUGAUAUAUACCUAGUUGACUCUUGAUUAUCUACAAGUUACUUACCUAUUGUGCAAAACUCUCCACUUCCAAUUCCAAAUUCAGGUCCAUUGCUCAACCUUUAGCUAAUGACUUUCCAAUAUCACAGAGUUCCUGGUUGCUGGGGAACGCAAAACUUCAUGUAAAAGAUAUCUAAGUUUACUAACUAAAAAGAAAAUUUGGGAGAAAUUUCAGAUAAUGACUCCUAGUUAACAACAGGAAUGGAAGAGUUAUCCACAUUCAGUUUCUACUUAUUCUAACUAGAAGACAGAUUAUUUAUGUGAAAUGAGUCCCUGAGAUGAGAUGCUGAAGUUGUCAGAAUCUGAGAAGCCAAGCAACUCUGAUAAAGACCUUUCUGCCAACAUGGGAGGAAGCUUGCAACUGUGAAUCAGAUGGGAAGCAUUCAACAAGCAGCUGAGACAGAGACUGACCCUCAUUCUGAUCCCUCAUUUGGUCAACAAGUUCUGGCUUAUUGGACCCAGAUUGCAUUAAUUUAAAACCCACUAACUUAUAUUGGGGACACGGUCAUAUUUUCACUUUCCACAAGGAAAAGAGGAAUGAAUAAUGCACAUUAGUUUUUAAUGGCACACUUGAUCCACUUGAAAGUGGAUUUUUCUAGCAAUAUUCUCAUAUAAAGUGGAUAUCUUAUAUCCUCAAGAAUUAGCUAUUUGUUCAGAUAGCUCACCCCAGUACUCCACUUUGAAUCAUUUGUGAGCUGAGUUUAAAAAUUAAUGUAUUCUUGUGAGAAAAAGUGUGCUCUUUAAUACACAAUUUAUAUCCAUUCACAUUAAUUAUACAGACUUGACAGUGUCUAGGGAAUUUUUGUUUUAUUUUAUUGGUUUGUUUUAUUUCAGAUAUGAUGGACUUGGCCUUUUAUUCUUGUCAAAUCCAAUCUGAGAGACUUUGGAGGAAAGUUUCCUACCCUGGGUCUUCUUUUCCAGCAAUUUGCUCAUGUGAUUUACUCUCCACUGCAUUAUCCAGCUCUCACCAUUCAUAAAAGUCCUUAAAGAUCUUGACUGAGGCCUCCCAUGUUUCCUUCCCUCCCAAGUCCCAUAGAGAACCAAAGAACCAAGGGUGAAACACAUCCCCUGGCCGCAGGGGGCUCACAAUCUGAUCUGAGAACGCAGCCACACAUUAAGCAUACAUCUUCUCCUCUGAAGACUUGAAGAAGCAAGAGCCUGCCUCCUCUGCCAGACAGACAUAGCGCAUGUUCUGCUAGACAUCUUCGAUGGCACCCCUGCUGUCUAUUUGUGAGGGAGGAGAACCCAGAAAAUGCAAGUCCUGGAUGUAUAUGCUGGACGACCAUUUACAAGGCUAUGACAGCCUCUUAAUUGGUGAGGGUACCUGGUAGACAGUAAUUAAAAACUUUCACUCCAGGGAAUGAGUAUUUUAAGAAGUGGGUACUUAAAGAUGAGAUCCAUUCCAUUUUAAGAACAUUCACUAACGCUCGAAGCAAUAAUUACACUGGAGAAAAUGGUUCCAUUUGGUUUGAAAAUUGAAGCCAGUUCGUAAUAAUAUUCCUCCAGUCCCCUUUCCUGAAGGAUCCCAAAGCACUUCAUGAAAAGCGAUGACUGAAGCCUUGUUGUAUUCCCCUAAAGAGACCUUGUCUGGGAGCCACCUGGCAAACACCUACCCCAUCCUUGCCAGGAGAUCAUGCCAGACAAGUGGAAAAGAGGACUGGCCUCUCAUUCAUUGUUCUGGUGCCACACAAACGUGUACCCUGCUGAGGGUUGAGCUCUUCCCUGGAAGAUAACCCCAUUAGGCAAGGAGGCACGCUAGAAAAUCUCAACUCCCUGGCCUCCUCUUUUUCCUUGCCCUUCACCUAAGAUGUACUUGCUUUCUCUUGGAAAACCAUCAAUUCAAGCUGUCAGAGGGUCUGCGGUGCAUUUAAGUUCCCCAGUUAUGUUAAUAGCACACAGAAUUUACUGACUUUGGAAAAUUUAUACAUGCAGAAUGCCACUAUUCUACAGCUCUCAACCCUGCAGGCAGCAGAUGCACAGCAGAGAGUGAGCAUCUUCGCUUAUUUGUUUAUUAAACCCUGACAUACAGAUUAAAGAGGGUCGUUAUAGAUUAACAAGAGCACACUCUUAGCCAAUUCAAAGUGUUACAUCGUCACUUUAUAAAGCCUAAGUGUUUUUCCAGACGAUUCAGUGAAACAAAUCUGGGAUUUUUGUCAAGCUCAUAUCUUGAAGGAGAUCUUUAAAGGAGUUAUUUGGAGAGCAAUCGUAUCUCUUCAUAGGUAGUAGGGUGAACAAGGAAAAAAUGUGUUCCUUUGCUGGUCACCUCUCAUCAAGAUGUUCCAACACAUGGCUUACGACUGUUAAGCUGAACUUCAAUGCAGCCUUAAAACAACAAGGGUAGUGUAUUUGAAACUAUGUUGUACAGCUUGGAAACUUAUUCUAAGAUCUUAAUUCAGAGUUUUUCUGAGGUGUUGAACUUUGCCAUUAGCAAAAAGUAUUUUUAGAAAAAAAUCCAUUGACUGUUUAUGAAGCACUGAUUUUGCCAUAUUUCAGGUCUCUGGUUUUUCCACCGCAUCUGUGCACAGUAGUUAUAUUUGUUUUUCAAUUAUUUCUUCUAUUUCCAUUAAUAAUGAAUUUGUAAAAUGGUCAUUCGAAAAGACAGUUGGUUUUGUUUAAUGAUUGGGUAAGUGGACUGUGAACAUAUUCUAAUUUGAUAGUGGAAGUAGGAGGUUUAUUAUUGUUGUGUUGUUUUAAAUAUUAUCCUAGGGUCUUUCCCUUCCGGAUAUACACGUCUUUAAUUUCAGCAAAGCCAAUAUUUAACUUAGUGACAAAUGUUAUGAAGCUAUUAGUUAAUGCUCUUUGCUCUUCUUCCUUUAGUUCAUGGCAUGAAAGUCUGAAUACACUUUCACAGUAACCACCCUCCAGUAAACUGAUUUACAAAGGCUAAGUCUGGCAAAUUGUAAGUCACUCUGAGUUUCUGUGUUGCCUUUUGUCUUGUGACAAACCAGAGUUUGGGAAUGUCCCAGGUAUGUGAUCACAAGUAUCAUUUUGAUGUUUGUAAUGGAAGAAAGAAUUGGGGGGAGGGUGUGUCACAGAUGUUUCAUAGAAAAAUAAUUUAAGUGACAUUCUAUUAGGCAAUGCUUAAUUGCUUCCUGCCUAAUGUAUACCGAGUAAUCUGGCUGAUUAUUAGUGGUUAUUUGUUCAAAAUUUAUUGUAUCUUGUUGCUGCAUAUGCAACUGAGUGUAUGUUAAAAUUUAGAUUUCAGUCUGUUAUCUGCACAAUUUUGUGUGCUUUACACCUCUGUAAAUACACAAAUAAAUAAAUCACGUAUGGUGUGUUAAAUGUGACCUCCAAUCUUGAAACAAAAAUUUUUUGUAGUAUGAACAUUUGGAAACUAUUUGAACAUUUUAAAUGGAUAUUGUAAAUGGCCAGUACCUUCAAUCAAAAACAGCACUGGUAGAAUGCAUGCCUCUUCAACCUGCCCAUUAAGAAGAGGAGGUCAGGGGUUCAAAGGAUUAAGAUAAUUUUUCUAAUGGCAAGUAUUUUUGAUAAUUUCCUACCUGCCUAAUUACAUUUUCAAGAAAAAUUGUUGACUAAAGAAAAUCUCAACUAUCCGAGGGAAUGACUGUUUCAAAAGCAUUAAAUAUACUUUAUAUCUCACCUAAUAUUGUUGAAAUCUAAGUCAAGAGUAAAGAAGUAAAAAAAUAUUUUUGAUGCUUCAGAAGAUUUUUUUGCUGUUUAAAAGACAGUUUACAAGCCUUUUGUCUUUGGUGUGGAGAAACGUCAAUUAAAUAAUAAACUGAAAGAAUUCUUAGUACUUGGCUUAUAGCUUUUUCCGUGUCUCAAUGAACACAAAAAUUGUCCAGCCUGAACUUUUUUAAAUCUUCUCACUAAAACUUUGGAAGAGUUUAUUAUUUGGGGCAUUGUUUUGACAAUGAUUAGCAAAAUCUGACCGAUUGGUUCUUGACUAAUCAAUAGCAUUUAGGUUAUUUUUCUUUCCUAAUUGGUUAUUGCCACGUAUUGAAGAUACAGCAGCAUAUUAUAAUCCAAAUACUCUCACCAGGUUGCACCCAGGCGGUUGGCCAUCUUAACCUCACUUCUUCCUCUAAUGCAUGCAUGUUUGAACAUCUUAAGUACAUACUGCAUGCACUGUCCUUUCUCCAUUUCUCUAUCCCUGCUCUCUCCACACCCACUGAGCUCCUUCUCCCACUUCUCCUGUAUUUGAGGACACUACAAAGAGAUUACUUCAGUCCCAGUAACCUGAACAAAAAAGUUCUUCUGAAUUCCCAAGGACAGGAAAUGUGCUGCUUUGGACCACGUAUCUGUCUUAUGCUGUUUUCCAGAAUUCUUUUAAAUGCACAUGCACACAUAGGUGUAUACACACACACACACACACACACACACACACACACACAAAUUCAACUCUUUAUUGGCAUGUUUGUGGUCGGCUUUCCUGACAGCCUCAGAGGGCUGUUUUGUUGUCCUGACCAAAUGUGCUGUUUUCCCUAUGUAAAUUGUCAUCUUUCUAAGCAAACCAUUACUUUCU